AUGCACCGUCUGUCUCACAUAUCCACUCGAAAUCGGUCAACUUUGGCGGAUAAGCUGAGAAGUGCCGUUGGAGGCUCAGAUUAUGGAAAAUCGAAGCAAGCAUUGGCUGCUGGUUCUAUCGCUGCGAAAGAUGAAAAUGGCGAAGACUUCCGCGAACUGUAUGUCAUGCCGAAGCGAAAACUUCGCGGUCAAAUCCAACUGGAGCAGAACACUGGCCGUGCCGAGAUCAAGACACGAAGCAGAUUCGAUUUGAUGGAUCGUCUCGCUGAACGGCCGCCAAGAAGUGAAGAAAUGGACCCGGAGAAGAACAAAUGGUCAGAUGUGUGGCCGGCAGCUCGUACAUUUGCUGCAAGUGUCGUUCCACUGCCAGUGAGAAUGGGAUCCCGGCCGAAUGUAGAAAAACGAGCGCCGUUCAAAAAGGAGGGCAAUUUGGAGCUCGUGAAAAUCCCAAAUUUCCUUCAUUUAACACCAGUGGCUAUCAAGCAGCAUUGUGAUGCUAUUAAAAAAUUCUGCACUCCAUUCCCACCAGAACUCAUCGCUACCCCCUCUCUCGCUGCCACGUGCCUCCCAAUCAGUGUUCAAUACUCCACGUAUAUCCAUCAAGGAACCAACAUUCGUGACAUUAGAAGUCGCGUUGUCACCAUGAUUGUCGACGUGGAAUCACUGAAACUCACUGAAAAUGCACAAGAGAAGUUCAUUCGUCUCGCCGGAAAACGAUACAACAAGGAGAGUAAGAAGCUGACAAUCAUCACCGAUCGAUGUCAUACGAGGAAGCAAAAUUUGGAUUACGCACACUAUUUGUUGACGGUUUUGUACCAUGAGGCGAAUAAAGUGGAACAAUGGGCGGAGCUUAAGGAGCGAUCCGACAAUCUUCAAGUAGAAUUCGAGGGCUCCGAGACGAAGACAAAACUGGUGGACUUGAUAGAAAAAGCGAAGACAGCCGGAUUGAAACCAGAUGAGUCAUCGAUUACGGAGUUCGGCGAAAUGUGGAAAUCAUAUCGAAAUAGUGAGGAGACUGUGGACAAAACAAGAGAAUACGGACGACAGAUGAAGAAAUUGCUGGGAAUUUCUGGAAAUAAUUAA